GAGUCCAGUCCAGUGUACCGUGGGUACUUAUCAAGAAAGGGUUGAGGAACUGCUGCAGUAUAGUGACAACUAAGCCAAAGCAUACAAUGUUGCGGAUUAUAAGCCAAAAUAGGUUAACUUUACAACUGAAAACUUGGAUAAGACAACAGAGCAGUGAUACAUCGGCUUGGAGCUAUUUGUCAAACCCAGGAAAAUGGCCACUCCUAGGGAUAUCAGUUGGACAAGUGAUGAACCAAGCUGCAGAAAUAUAUGGAGACCAAGAAGCCAUUGUGUCCAUUCACCAGGCAACAAGAAGGACCUUUACACAAGUUCAACAAGAGAGUGAACAGUUGGCAGCCGGUCUGUUAGCUCUGGGCCUUCAACGUGGGGACCGAUUGGGUAUCUGGGGACCUAAUAGCUAUGAGUGGUACCUAACACAGUUUGCAGCUGCCAAAGCUGGACUCAUACUGGUCAAUAUCAACCCAGCCUACCGCCCCAGUGAACUGGAGUACUGCCUUAACAAGGUUUCAGUCAAGGCUAUUGUUUGUCAUGAGAAAUUCAAAACAUCAGAUUAUUAUCAAAUGUUGUGUGAUCUUGCCCCUGAGCUGCCAUCCUCACCCAAAGGUGAAUUGAAGAGUUCCAAACUGCCACACUUGAAGCAAGUGAUCAUGUGCUCAGCGAGAAACUUAAGUGGUGCUUAUAAAUUUGGAGAUGUGCUUGAAGCAGGGGACAAUAGCCACGUGAAGAUAUUAGGAAAACUUUCUUCCAAGAUAAAGAUUGAUGAUCCAUGCAACAUUCAGUUUACUUCGGGGACAACUGGUUCACCUAAGGCUGCUGUCCUCACCCAUCAUAUGUUGGUCAACAAUUCAUAUUCAAUUGGAAAAAGAGCAGAAUAUGAUAAGAAAAUCCACCGCAUAUGUCUGCCAGUGCCACUGUAUCACUGUUUUGGUUGUGUUACUGGGUCACUGGUUGGAGCAUCGUUUGGAGCUACAUGCAUCAUGCCCAGUGAAGGCUUUGACCCUGAAGCUUGUGUUCAUGCUCUACAAGAUGAGAGAAUUACAUCUUGCUACGGUACUCCGACCAUGUUUGUUGACAUUUUAAAUGUUCAACAAAGAUUGCUCAAAGAUGUCAGUUCCUUGUCAACUGGAAUAAUGGCAGGUGCUCCAUGUCCUCAGGAACUAGUGAUGGCUGUUAUGAACGACCUUAAUAUGAAGGACUUUCUGGUGAUGUACGGGAUGACAGAAACAAGCCCUGUUACUUUUCAGUGCUGCCCAUCAGACUCACCAACUGUAAGGUCUUCCACUAUCGGCUAUCCUUGUGAUCAUAUUGAGGUGAAGGUGACUGAUGAACAUGGGAACAUAGUUCCUGUAGGGGAGCCAGGAGAGCUGUGUAUUAGAGGAUACUGCAAUUUCCUUGGCUACUGGGGAGAGCCAGAAAAGACAAAGGAAAUGAUGGGUCCUGAUCGAUGGCUUAAGACUGGUGACCUGGCAGUAUUGCAGCCAGAUGGAUAUGGCCAAAUUAUUGGUCGCAUGAAGGACAUGAUUAUACGAGGUGGUGAGAACAUUUACCCAGCCGAAUUAGAAAACUUCCUGAUGGGACAUCCUGGCAUUAUUGAAGUUCAGGUUUUUGGUGUGCCAGAUGCCAGAAUGGGAGAAGAGGUAGCAGCUUGGAUCAGGAAAGCAGAUAAUGCUGAACUUAAUGACACUAUCAUCAAGGACUGGUGUAAGGGUAAGAUUGCACAUUACAAGGUACCUCGUUAUAUAUUAUUCAAGGAAGAAUUUCCAAGAACUGUGACUGGAAAGAUUCAGAAGUUCAUAAUGAAAGACAUCACGGUGAGGGAAUUCAACUUGAAUUGGUAAUAUUACUUAAAUAGCAGAGUUACAAACUAUAUUUGCAAGUGAAUUUAAAUGACAAACUACUUCGUAAGAAUUCUAUACAGUAGUCCAGUUGAAUUAUCAAAUAAAAUAAAAAAUAUUGUUGUAGAAAAUCAUAACUAGAGUAAUUUAAAGAGAUCUUAGUGUAACACACCAUUUACAUGAAUGUUCUCCUUUUAUUUUUCUUAAAGGCAGUAAAAAGCUAUCUGCUGCUUAACUCGAUAUCUGUGAUACCGAGGAAACCAACACUCAUUUAAACUUCUAUGUACAAAACAGUUGAACAAUACAAUAAUAUUCUGGUGUC